UGUGGUUUGUGGCACCUUGACAUACACACUCUCCGAGUCUGGUCUGCAGCCAGUUUGUUGUCAUGUGAGCGUGCACAGAUCUGAACCUAAAGUUAAAAUCCUUCCACAGUGUAGUCUAUGAAGAUAAAGGGACCUUUAGAAACACUGACCGGCUGAGGUUGGCCUCCUGUCUCUCGGGUUGGAAUGGCGGAGGUGAGCCCCCCCGCUGUCACCAGUGUUGUUCCUGAUGAUGAAGGGCAAGCAAAGUUCAAGAAGAGUGAGCAUGUUGCUUUUUACAGGCGACAGAUGCAGGGCCCUAACCUGCAGUACAGAGCCCUGUUGGACACCAUGGUGCUCACAGAGAAGGGGGCACGCUUUGAGCUGCUGGAGUCUUACACACAGACUGAACUUCUGCUCUCGGUGACGCCUUGCAAAGACGACACUGUGAGGAUCUUAAUAGAUGAACUCCACCCCAUUAAGCCGCGAUACAGAGUUCCAGAUGUGAUGACAGGGGAGCCUCAGUGUGAACAGUUGAGAGUAGUGAGACAGUCUCAGCACUCGGUCACCCUUUCCUGGUCUUCAGGACGUCAUCAGGUCUGCGUGUGGCACUCCCCUUUCCGACUGGAGAUCCUGUGUGAGGACGAAGUGUUGGCAACGUUCAACUCUAGAGGCAAACUGUGGAUGGAGCUGCUGCAGGAUCGGGCCAGGGACACGUCUCAAGAGAGUGAGCUUCAAAACAACCACACAGGUUCACUUUGGAAGGAGACUUUCAGGCAGUUUGAAGACGUCAAAGCUAACGGUCCCUGUAGUGUUGGGUCUGACCUCUGUCUGCAUGGCUUCAGUCAUGUUUACGGUCUGCCAGAGCACGCUGACGGCCUCCAGCUCAAAGACACCAGAGCCGCUGAGCCGUAUCGGCUGUAUAACCUGGACGUCUUCGCCUAUGAGCUGCACAGCCGCCUCGGCUUGUACGGCUCCGUGCCGCUGCUGGUGGCCCACAAACCUGACCGGACUCUGGGUGUGUUCUGGCUGAACGCGUCUGAAACAUUCGUGAACGUUUACUACAGCCCGUCUGAUCAACAGGAAGAUCAAUCCCCCCUCGUGAAGAGGAGGCGUAAGCAGCCUCAGACUGACGUCCGCUGGCUGUCAGAGGGCGGAGUGAUCGACUGCACCGUUCUACUCGGGCCCAGUCCACAGCAGCUCUUCUCCCAGUACGCUCAGCUGACAGGGUAUCAAGCCCUCCCUCCUCUGUUUUCCCUCGGCUACCAUCAGUGUCGCUGGAACUACGACGAUGAAGCCGACGUCAAAGCUGUAGACGAUGGAUUCGACCUCCAUGACAUCCCGUACGACGUUAUCUGGCUGGACAUCGAGCACACGGAUGGGAAGCGUUACUUUACCUGGGACUCUGCUCUGUUCCCUGAUCCAGCCGGCCUGCAGCGCCACCUAGAGAAGAAGAAGAGGAAGCUGGUUGUUAUAAGUGACCCCCACAUUAAAGUUGAUCCUGAUUGGUCGCUGUACUGUGAGGCUAGAGAUGGAGGACACUUCAUCAAGAGCAGAGAGGGGGAGAUCUAUCAGGGCUCAUGCUGGCCUGGUGAGUCCUGCUACCUGGACUUCAGUAAUCCAGUCACUCGGGCCUGGUACUCCAGAUGUUUCAGCCUGGAUAAGUACAAGGGAUCAACACCGUCGUUAUUUGUGUGGAACGACAUGAACGAACCGUCUGUGUUCGACGGGCCGGAGCAGACGAUGCCCAAAGACGCAGUGCAUCAUGGGGGCUGGGAACACCGGGAACUACACAACCUGUACGGCUUCCACCAGCACAUGGCCACAUUCGAGGGUCUGAUCACUCGCUCAGGUGGAUCAGAGAGACCGUUCAUACUUUCACGCUCCUUCUUUGCCGGAUCACAGAGAUUUGGAGCGGUAUGGACAGGUGACAACGUUGCUUCUUGGGAGUAUCUGAAGAUCUCGAUCCCGAUGCUUUUGUCUCUGAGUGUGGCGGGUUUACCGUUUUGUGGAGCUGACGUUGGAGGGUUCGUUCAGGAUCCUGAUCCGGAGUUGUUGGUGCGUUGGUACCAAGCUGCCGCCCUGCAGCCGUUCUUCAGAGGUCACUCUGCCAAGGUCACAAAGCGCCGGGAGCCCUGGCUGUUUGGGGAGGAAGUCACCACUGCAAUCCGCACUGUGGUUGAGCAGAGGUACUGUUUGCUGCCGUAUUGGUACACUCUGUUCCAUCAGGCUCACACCUCUGGUCUGCCUCCACUUAGACCUCUGUGGGUGGAGUUCCCAAGUGAACAGGGCACUUUCACAGUGGACCACCAGUACAUGAUUGGAGGAGCUCUUCUGGCCUGUCCUGUUACUGAACCUGGUGCUAAAGACAUCAAAGUGUUCCUUCCUGGACCUGGUGAGGUUUGGUAUGGUGUCCACUCUGCAGCCGUGUUUAAAGGAGGCAGGACGCUGAGUCUUCCCGUCACUCUGGACACAGUCCCCGUGUUCCAGCGAGGCGGCUCCGUGGUCUGCAGGUCAGCAGGGAGUGGAUCCUGUACAGCUGAUUUUCAGUGGCUGCCCCUCUCCGUCACUGUGGCUCUAAACUCUCAGGGAUCAGCUGAUGGUGAGUUGUACCUGGACGACGGCCACUCUUUCAGCUACCGGGACAAGAAGGCGUUCUGCCUGCGCAGGUUCAGCAUGCUGUCAGGCCGUCUGCUCUGCCGUCCUGCCAGUGAAGAAGGAGCGUUUGACAGUGAUAUCGUCGUACAGUCUGUCACUGUCCUCGGCCUGAAGAGGAAACCGUCCAAGGUGGUUGUGCAUGUGUCAGGAGCCGGAGACACCUCUGCUGCGUUCCAGUUCACGGAGAGCUGCUGCACGCUGACAGUGAACGAGCUGAACCUCAGCGUGACGACAGACUGGGACAUACAGAUAGGUUAACUGUGAAAGUGUUCCUCCUCUGACUUUCUUUAUUUAUGUGAGGAGGACGUUGAGUAAACGUCAUCAGAGUUAUUUUAAUAAGAAGAGAUAUUUUAAAUGAAAUGGAGUCAUGAUUUAGUCGGCACCAGAUCAGUCUUUUUUUAAAGUACAGAGAGGACGACGUGUAGUAUUAUAUUUAUUUUAUUUGUGUUGAACUUUUUGAGCCCUUUAAAGAACAGAUCAUCCGUCCACUGACUUCUUCUUCAUCAGGGUUCACUAAACCAAAGUCUGUGGUUACACCAAGAAAACACAGCAAAGACUGGACUCUGAUGAUGAGAUUUUAUUGAUAUAAGUGAGAUCUGACGCGUGGUUUUAAAUUUGUGGAGUGAAAAUUUAGUGAAUAAAAUUCUAACUGAUGUGCAGCUACA